GCCACCUGUUGCCACUUCACCUCCUAUUGUAAUUAUAAUGAGUACCGGUCCCACAACCUGCUGAACCUGUCACUGCUGGGUGUGCUGAGGCAGAGCUGGCUAGGCAGUUGGACAUGCGCACUUCGGUCACUGUUUCCUGACUGUGGCUACCGGAGACAGAGGUCACAUUCUGCCUGCUGCUCUCCACUCGUGUCUGCCCACGCAGCGCGUACAGCUUUUCACUCAGGACAGACAGCACCCUGAUUCCUCCAUCUGGCUUUUCACAUUUGCACAAAACCUUAGAAAGGGAAGGUGGCAGUGAUCGGAGGCAAGGAACAGCAAUAUUCUGGACUAUCAGUAACUGAAUUUAAUCUGAAAUCAUGGUGAGCUUCAGGUUUCUUUCCAGCAAUUCCCUGAAGGUUGUGGGCUUAAUAUGUGCCUCCGUGUGUGCCUGGUACUUAGGAUAUUUAUUUGCAGAGAUCUUACCUGAAGACUCAAUACAAACAGCGAUUGGUAGCAUGAGAAAUAUAGGCCUGAAACCUGUCAUCAAAGCUCCAGCCCCCAGGAGACAGAAGUGUGACAUAUGGGUAGCUUGCCCAGAUGAUCAUUUGGCAUAUCGGCUAUUGAGUGGUGGUGCCAAGGAUAAGAUGCCAGAGAUCUGUCUAAAUGAUGAAAUCCUCAUUGGUGGAAACAAGAAUAAUGCCGGAAGAGGAAUUAACAUUGCUGUUAUUAACAAAGAUACCUGGAAACUCAUAGAAGUCAAAACAUUUGACAUGUAUGAAGGAGAAUUUUCGGGACCAAUGGUUGAAUUUCUUAAAAAGGCUCCACAAGGAUCCCUUCUGAUGGUCAGUAGCCAUGAUGAUGCAUCUACAAAAUUAUCUGAAGAUGCCAAGAAAACGUUUGAAGAGCUUGGCAGUAAGGAAGUGCGGAACAUACGCUUUCGGUCAGCGUGGGUGUUCCUGGCAUUUAAAGGGUCAAAAUUACCUGACCAUCUAGAAAAAGAAAAGAUUAACCAUUCUCAGGAAAGUAAAAACAGAUAUGCAGGCUGGCCAGCAGAAAUCCAGAUUGAUGGCUGCCUUCCCAAGAAAUAGGAGACUUGUGUUUAAAACGUUAAAUCCUUUAUGAUAAGUGGACAAAUUACAAAUGAAAGAAUUAUGAGGAGAAACAUUAUGAAAAUAGUGACUUUUUUAAAUUUGGUCACCCAAGUGCCUGCUGGAGAUAUACAGGGAAAAAUGACUAUUAGCCGGGGUUUAUAAACAUUCCUUGCUGUAAUAUAUUCAUGCUUUUAGGAAAUGCUCUAAUAUUACCAUGACAACUAUGUACAGAUAUUAUGUAAAGUAUUUUCUGUGAAGAUUGUAACACAGAAGUGUGCUGGUUUUCCACACAUUUAUAAUUAUAAUGAAUUGUAUUUUUAAAUCCAAAGGUUUUUUUAUGGAUGUUAGUUUUAAACAUGAGCAAGGACAUACAAAUGCCAGGCUUUAAUCAGUGGCAGUUCCAGGAACCAAAUAAUAAAGGUACUUUCCCUGCUGAACUCCAUGUAGAGGCCAAGAAGCUGGGGACUAUGUCAGGGAAAUCCAUGCAUACUGUCUUUCAUGGGCGGAGCUGUGCAAUCUAUGGGCGUGGCUAGGUAAUCCAAGGGCAUGACUCUGGCCAACCAGCUCACUGGUGGUGCAAAGUUUAAGGUACAUGCAACUCAAUUUUUAUUUUUCAUGAUUUAGAAAGAGAAUGUCAUUUUAACUAACUCUCCAGUUUACUUUUUUUUUUAAUAUUAUAUAUACAUUUUUAAAAAAAUAUUUUUGUAUUAAAUCUUAUGCAAAUAUACCUUACAUAUAACCAUAUUGUGAUCCAAGAACAAUCAACAAGAUAAACAAUGUUUGAGGGAGCAUUAACUCUCUAUCCAUUAAAGUCCUCUUGCUAAGCAA